AUGUCUCGCGUGAUUGACUACACGGAGGAGAGGCUCCGCGAGAAUGAGUUCUCGCACGCGUGCUGGAGCAACUGCCCCGCCGGCUGCCAGCGCCAGCUGGUGCUCGAGCUGCAGCGCCAAGUUCAGUCCUUUGCGCUGUACAUGACGCCGAGCUCCUCUCCUACGGGAGGCGUCACCGGCAUUCUGCGUCUUCCGACAGAGGUCUUCUGCAUGAUCGUGCAGCGCCUUGCUCCGCUGCAUCUGGUGGCGCUCAUGCUCACCUGUCGUUCUUUCUACGACAUGCUCUGCGACGUCUCCAUUCUCUACGCUCAGAACAUCCUGCGUCUCGAUCAGGCGGAUCUCCAGCGGCUCAAGCACCAGAAGCCGUCCUUCAAAUGCCGCGUAGAGGGCAAAGCGAAUCGAAUCCAGUUCUUCUGGAUCGGCAAGCUCAAGGACGUCCAGCUCGCCAGAUGGACCGAGGACGAGGCGGUCCGGCAGCGCGCGUACGAGGAAAAGUUUGGCCGAGUGCCAUAG